AUGGCGCGAUUCCAAGAUCUGUCAACUGAGCUUGUGCUUGGAAUCCUGGAGAAGGUCUUGCCCGGAGACAUCGAAUCUGUAUCUCUAGCUUCAAAAAGCAUCUACUGGCUUGCCAUUCCGCGGCUCGAAGAGCACCGCAGAUUACGAGGGCAAUACACUAAUUUUCAAGACUUGGUCGAAUACAAACCUCCCAGAUGGCGUGAUGCUGGUGGGCAUCUGGCGGAUCUUUUAUGCGAGAUCAUGAGUGAUGCCAGAAUUGGACACUAUGUCAAGUUGAUGGAUUUGAAUUUGCGGUACGCUAGCCCAAGGAAGGGUUGGAAACCUGAUGCGGUCUACGAGAAGCGAAUCACCAGGAGUAGAACACGGCUUCAGCAAGACUCGAAGACCAGCAUGGAAAUCAUCGAAGAAGCUAUCCGCGCCACUGAGCUCAUACCCACAGAGGAAGUCGAUGACUGGCUCGAUCAAAUUCGAAGUGGCAAUGAAGACCCACUCGCUGCGCUCCUGCUCCUACAUGUGCCCAAUCUCCACACGUUGAGAUUUACGGACUCCAACACUUAUUGGGCCGAGUCAUCAUACCUUCUCAAGAUGAUCCAGCGUGUCGGAGAGCAAGGGUCUGCCGUCAAACCAUAUCUAUCGCAAUUGAAAAAUGUCUCGAUAAUUUACGACGAGCGGAUCGAAAAGCUUGAUCUUGUCAAGGCCUUCAUGUCCCUACCCUUUCUUACUUCCAUCAAAACAAAUUGCCUCAUUGUUGACGGUCGAGCGCAUGAGGCGAAUUCUGCGAUACUACCACAGCCCUCGAACGUCAAGGAAUUGUCUUUCCGGAGCGGUCUCGUGCCCGAACAGGCGCUUUCCGAGCUCCUGGGAGGAGUGAAGACUCUGAAAUCGUUCGCCUACGACUUCACAACCUUGUGGCGUUAUGAGAAUGAGCCCACAUUCGACUGCAUCACUCUGAUGAAAUCUCUAGAGGCUAAUGCCAGCCACACUCUCGAGCAUCUGAGAUUGAGCGCCCUAGACAUCGACCCGAGCGGACUCGCCCCUCUUCGAGGGUUUCAUGCCUUGCGAGGAGUUGAAUUCCACACAGUUCGUUGUUUGGCUGUGGAGGCGAGCAACGGCGCAACCCUCAUCGGCGCUUUACCCGCCUCCAUCGAGAGUCUUGACAUGCGCUGGGGCGACUUCACCUCUGACGAGAAACUGAAAGAAGCAUUUGUGGGAUUGGUGCGGGAGAGCAAGAUUCAGCUGCCCCAUUUGAGAACUCUGCGUGUGUCUCCUGCUCAUCAAGAGCAAUCAGAUACUCUUUUCAAUUGCUUAGCUUCCAAUGAAACAGCGCAGCUUAACAAAAUGUUGUCAUUCGAUAUUCAAGGCCGUGACGGCGGCGGAGAGAUUCCCGCAUGGGUCGAUAAAGUCUGUACCUGCGGUGAGGAUUGCUUUGGGGAUGACUCCCAUUGA